UUUGUUCUUCAUCGAUCUUUCUCACGUGUGAAUUGCAGCGAGACUACAUCCUGCGCACGGCUGCCUGACUUCAUGAUCAGUGCUUGACGCCAUCAAUAUGAAUCAAUUCGUACGCGUUACUAAGAUAUGGGCUGGCUGAGUCAGGCGCUGGCAGCUUCCGCCUUUGUAACGCAUUACGCACUUGAUGAGACUACCAAAGUCGAGUCGAGUAGCAGAGAGGCUUGAUGAUCAAGUCGAUGCACAUAUCGAUGAAGGGAUGUGAGUCGACUGGGGCAGCCGAGCGCAGAACCUUGCUAGUGAGUGUCUAGUUUUAAACCCGUGGAACAACCUCCCCUCAGUUGACAUUUACAUCCUGAUCUCCCGGAUAUCUGCAUCCCAUGCCCGAUUUUCCUCACGCCUAACAUGCAUCUACCAGGUCAGAGACGACUGAUGGUUGAAUAUCGAGUUCUUUUAGGUCUGGAUGCUUCCCGCUUCUGCACAUGCACUUUCCCAUGGUUUCCUUUGAUUCCAGGACUCGAACACAACAUUCCUCAACUCCUUUACAGCAAUGGAGACAUCCUCUCUCUGCUCCAAACCUUGCGUCUUCAGUCACAUCUCCAGUCCCAUCUCCAGUCCCAUCUCCUGUAGUUGCCUCUUCAGUUGCAUGUCCUGUUCCAGACUUUCGAGAAAACGACGCACAUUUCCACAUCGUCCAACCGGCAAGGAUCUUGAUCUCGGCAAGAAGCUGCACCUUGAGAACUCCCAGAACUAUGAACACUGCUUCAGGUGACGAUGAACGUGCGCUUUCCGUACUGCGAGAUGUCAUGAGCUCGCAUACGCAUCAGGACGCGGGAACCGUCGUGCGGAACAGCAAAUAUAUCGAACUAGGGACUGUCAAGAGCGGAGUUUACUUUACGGCUACGAAGCUGAAAGCACUUUCUAUGGACUAUCAAGAGACCACGCAUGAAUAUUAGCGGGUUGGCGAAGGAAGUCGUCAGCAUUGCAUAAUCUUGACCACAUCAUUGCACA